GCCUUGCUCAGUCGGUGCUCACACUUUCUCAGUUAGUUCAUCGUGGUAAGGCGGAACGGACGAAAGAAAUUUCACCUUAAACCAAGCAUAAAACCUGACCAAGUCAAAUCUCGUGAUCUGAUGUGAAUGGAAAACGAAGUGGUGGAGGCACAACCAAGAUAUAUCAUCUCGAAUUAAAUGGUACCAAAAUUAAAUGUUUUUGCCCGCAUACUUGGCUGAAAAUUAUGUUCAUCGAUGACUGGGAAGAAGAAGAUUACGAAAUUGCAAUUAAGGUUGUCGUUGUUGGAAAUGGGGGAGUAGGGAAAUCUAGUAUGAUACAACGGUACUGCAAAGGCACCUUUACCAAAAAAUACAAAAAAACCAUUGGUGUUGAUUUUUUGGAGAAACAGAUCACAACCAGUGGUGAAGAUUUGAGGCUAAUGCUCUGGGAUACAGCCGGCCAAGAAGAGUUUGACGCCAUAACAAAGGCAUAUUACAGAGGGGCUCAAGCAUGUGUAAUUGCCUUUUCCACAACCGACAAGCCUUCAUUUAAUGCAGUAAAAAAAUGGAAGCGAAAGGUGGAAGAUGAAUGUGGACACAUCCCAAUGGUUUUAGUCCAAAAUAAGAUAGAUCUCUUAAGCGAAUCUCAAGUUGACAAUAACGAGAUUGAAAAGUUUUCACGAAACACAGGCAUCAGACUUUUUCGCAUCUCAGUGAAAGAUAACUUGAAUGUAAGCAAAGUGUUCAACAAUUUAGCUGAACGUCAUAUUGAGGCUGUGAGUCGUUGGAGCGACGAAUUUGAACAAUCUUCCCAAAACAUUGGCCUGGACUUCCCAAACUCGAGGGACGUCAAAGUGCGAUUUUCAUCCUCAACUGAAAAUUUGCAAUCAAUUGGAAAUGCCCAAGAGGCAGGCGGCAGCCAUAUGAUCUUGGCAAACAAGUGCCUUUCUACCCAAAAUUGGUAUUUUCCUCAACUAACCGAGUCUCGGCAUUCUGGCUACAUUGUCCCAAUCCAAAGUGCAGGUUCUAAGGCAAAGUCAAGAAAAUGCCAUGCCCUUAAAAACAAAAGCAACCCAUUACAACGUGUUGAUGGCGGCGACAAAACCAUUAUAUUGACCAGUCCGUUUCGGCAUAGACGGCAAACAAAUGCAUCUUCGCGUGAACCAUAUUUCGACCAACAGCAAUACCAAACAGCUACAGACAAUUCAUACAAAUUUGCUAAACAAUCUGUUCCCGUUAAACUUUCCUGUGGAAUACUAUAAAAAUAAAAUUACAUUGACAAUACACACAAUAACAAAAAAAAGCUACUU